CUACGAUCGUGGAACGCGUACGUGGGACUAGAGAAGGCGAGAACGGGGAAGAUGAGCCUGCAGAAUCGGACGAAUCGUUAUCAGGAGACCAACAAGAUACUAGAGAUGUAGAACGUGAUAAUGAGUCUACUAUGUUGCGACUGCGAGGAGGUGAUCAAACGACUGCGACUAUGGAGCCUCCACAAGACCCUCCUAUACUAGGACAAGAUAGUACUGAACACGGACAAGACCACGUUACUACUCUAAAGGGUUCUUCACCAGAUGAUACAGAUGUGGAAUCAUCUGAAACUAGUACUACUUCAAAAGUACUAGCGGGACAGGUCGUUGUGCCUACAACUGCUUCUAGUACAUCCUCCCCUGAGGAUGUUCGACAACUGAGCACAUUGUAUUC